UUAGUCACUACAAUUGCAAUAAAUCGCGCGCCAAAUACAUGUCAAAAUAAUUUGAUCUGUGGUCGAAUUGCAAUUCAAUUUUUAAAUCGACUUUCUACACUAUCAAAAACAGGUCAUAGUCGGCUUAACUCCGUUAGCUCUGUUCCAUUUUCAAACCAUUAGUUUUCAGCCAGCACGCAGACAAAAGAGGUUGAAUUCGAAAAUGAAUUAGUUCGAUAGAGGGAUCAAAAUGUCGACUACAUGGAUACCACCGGAUAUUACUCCCGUCUGCGAGACGGCACUGGCACCUUUGACGCAGUGCUUCCAAACUGGCUACAUGUUUUUGGCCUUAGUGACGCAAUUAUUCGGGAAAUCCAUAGACAAUAGGCAUUCAAAAGUGAACCCAUUUUCCCCGAAACAUGAUACAUUUUACAAUGGACAAAGCUUUCCCUCGCGCGGUAUUUCCAGGGCAUAUGCGCCGUUUACACCGUAUCAGACGAAUUUCGACUCUCAUCCGCCGCACACACAGACUCAUAUGGAAUAUUUAAAUAUACCGAAAUUUGAUUUUGAAGAUUCCUUCAAACAUUAUUCGAAUAAGGAACCUGUUUUUGAGUUUAAUUUUGAUGGACGUGCCGAUUCAGCAUUUGCGGGUUCAAAGAAAACCGAAGUGAAGGAAAAAGUUAAAGAAAAAAUAAGGAAAAAGAGGCAUAUACAGGAAUAUGACUUCAUUAUAGUGGGAGCUGGCUCAGCCGGGUGUGUUUUAGCAAACCGAUUAUCCGAAGUAAAAAAAUGGAAGAUCCUCCUUCUCGAAGCCGGGCCAGAGGAGCCAGACGUGACAAGCGUGCCAGCAUUAGCGACAAUAUUGGGCAAUUCGAAUAUAGACUGGAUGUAUAGAACUCAGCCAGAAAAAUUGACCUGUCGCGCACAGAGGGGACAAACUUGCGCCUGGUUCAGAGGAAAAACGAUGGGUGGCUCCAGCGCUACGAACUUCAUGGUGUACAUUCGAGGCAACAAACUCGAUUAUGAUGAAUGGGCUGCUGAUGGAAAUUAUGGCUGGAGCUAUCGUGAGGUAUUACCCUACUUCAAGAAGUCUGAAAACAACCGAGACAUUGAGUCACAUGACAAAUAUUACCAUGGGGUUGGUGGUCCACUUAACGUUGAACGAUUUCCCUAUGUCGACAAACCAACCAUGAUGAUUGUACAAGCAUUUAAAGAAAAAGGUCUCCCAAUAACUGAUCUGAACAGAGAGAGUAACUACGGAACGGAUAUAAGUCUGUCAACCUCUAAAGACGGACAAAGACAGUCCACUAACGUAGCUUUUAUACGGCCCAUACGACAUAAAAGGCCUAAUUUACAUAUUAUUACCAACGCUUUGACUACAAAACUUAUCAUAGAUCCUCUUACAAAUACAGCGUUAGGUGUUGAAUAUAUCAAAGAAGGUGUACUACAAAAAGUGUUUGCUAGAAAGGAAGUUAUAGUUAGCGCUGGUGCUAUUAACUCACCAAAAUUAUUAAAGGUUUCCGGUAUUGGACCUAAAGAGGAGUUAGAAAGUCUACAUAUUCCUGUCUUAGUUGAUUUGAAAGUAGGUCAUAAUCUUCAAGAUCACGUAACAACAGACGCAUUGAUAUUAUCACUAUCUAACAAAACAUCUACUUUAGUGAAUGGUGAGCAAAUUCUUAGUGAACUAUACAGAUACCAUGAUCAGCAUCCAAUAAAAGAUGGGCCACUAUCAACCACGUCUAUUUUAAAUAGUGUUGGCUUUAUCAAGACAAUAAUUUCCAAAGAAGAUGCGCCUGAUGUGCAAUUUCAUUUUGAUGGUCGACGUGUUGAUCAGUUUUACUCUGAUCCUACAAGUUCAAUUGCUUCCAAUGUUCUACCUCUAUCAUUCUUUGAUGGUUUUGCCCCCCGACCGUUACUGCUGAAGCCUAAAAGUAGAGGCCUAAUAUUACUUAAUCAAACUGAUCCAAUAUUUAGUCCACCAUUAAUUUAUACAGGUUUCUUUAAAGUAAAAGAAGAUGUUGAUACAUUGGUUGAAGGUUUAAGAUUUGCUGUAAGUUUAGAAGAGACUGACGCUUUUAAGCUCAGUGGAGCUCGGUUUGUUAGGAUUCCCGUACCAGGAUGUACCGCAUAUUUAUGGGGAACGUAUGAUUAUUUCUUUUGUCUCUUAACACAUUACACAACAACUAUUUAUCAUCCUGUGGGAACUUGUAAGAUGGGACCAGAAUGGGAUAAAGACGCUGUAGUUGAUCCAAGAUUGAAAGUGUAUGGAAUGAAGAAAUUAAGGGUCAUUGAUGCUUCCAUUAUGCCUAAAAUUGUGAGAGGUAAUACAAAUGCUCCUACUAUAAUGAUAGCUGAGAAAGCUAGUGAUAUGAUCAAAGAGGACUGGUUAUCUCAUAAAUAUUUUUAAUACAUGUACGAAUAACUACAUCAACAAAUAAAUUCUCUGAAAUUUAAAAUCUUUUAAAUUCCAUUUUCGUUUUUUAUGGGUUGAUUUAAUUUUAAAUGUUUUGUUUUAUUUCAUCUUGUAUAUCAUGUUUGCGUAUAAGUGCUUGGUACUUCAAAAAUUGUAUAUUGUGGUUCUUUGACCAAUGUAUCAGUGUGCUGAGCAUUAGCAAGUUUUUAUCAAUAAAAAAAAUUGUAAGUGUUUUUUUUAUAAUUGAAAUUUAAAAUUGUGUAGAGUAUGAAUGUUCUAUUCCUGGUAUCGUACAAGAUGUAAUAUUUAUUCAUUGAAUUCAUGUCAUAUUUUGUCAAUUUAAACAGGAUAUUUAGAAUAUAUAUAUUUGCCAAAUGACUAAUUAUAAUAAUUAGAGAGCGGGAACAGUUUUCA